AUGGCUGAAACUGCAGUGUUCCAUCUUCUAGCCAGCUUUGCACCCUUCCUUCAGGAAGAGGUGAAUUUGUUGAGUGGAGUUCGGGAAGCAAUGGAAGACAUCAGAGAUGAAUUGGAGCGCAUGUCGGCUUUCCUCAGAGUUGCUGAUGCUACGGAAGAAAGGGACCCCGAACUGAAAGUUUGGGUCAAACAAGUCCGAGAUGCUGCUUAUGACACUGAAGAUGUUUUUGACGAAUUCAAGCUUCACCUUGCACAACAUCACGGCGAUGGAUUCAGUGGUUUCUUUCGUAAAUCUUUCUACUUUACCAAGACUUUAAAGGCUCGCCAUCAAAUUGCUUCUAAAAUACAAAGAAUCAAGUCCAAAGACAUCAAUAUUUUUGAGGGACAUAAACGAUACCAUGAUACAUAUGGUAUACUAGAGCAAGGCUCAAUGUCCAAUGUUGUUAACAAUUCAUGGUAUGAUUAUCGUGGUGAUGCGCUUCUACUCGAAGAAGCAAAGCUAGUGGGCAUCGAAAAGCCCAAAAGACAACUGAUAGAGUGGCUAGUCGAGGGAGGUUCUGGGUUGAAAGCAGUUUCUGUGGUGGGAAUGGGGGACUUAGGCAAAACUACCCUGGUCAAAAAAGUCUACGAUGAUGCAACGGUGAAGAAACAUUUUAACUGCCAUGCUUGGCUCACUGUUUCCGAGUCAUUCAGGGCUGAGGAUCUCCUGAAGGAGAUGAUUCAACAACUCUUUAAAGAAAUCAUGCAACCAGUCCCUGUUGGAGUUGAAACGAUGAGCAUUGACAAGUUGAAAUAUCUGGUUAAUAAUUUUCUACAACAAAAUAGGUACAUGGUUGUUUUCGAUGAUGUUUGGAAUGUUAAAGAUUGGGAGGCUAUCAAACACAUGCUGCCUGACAAAAAUUGUGGUAGUCGUGUCAUUGUCACAACUCGUUUCGCCGAUAUAGCUUCUACCUGUUGUAAUGAAAUUGACGGUAAUGAUUAUACCUUCGACGCCAUUGUCCCUAGAGGAGUCUUCGACACUGUUUUGCAACAAGACUUUUCAGGAGAACUUAUGCCCUCCGAACUUGAAGAAAAUUUCUCUUCGAAUCUUAAAAAUGUGAUGCCCCAAUUCUACACUAUUGGGGCUUCACAAAAAAGAUGCGAGGGAUUGCCGCUUGCAAUUGUAGCGAUAAGCGGUGUAUUGACUACAAAGGACAGAAGCAGAAUAGACGAAUGGGAAAUGCUUUAUCGUAGCCUUGGUGCUGAAUUAGAUGGCAAUGAAAAACUAGAGAGUAUGAAAAAAGCACUCUCUCUCAGUUACAAUGAUCUGCCUUAUUAUCUAAAGAUUUGUUUCUUGUACUUGAGCAUUUUCCCGGAGGAUCAACAGAUAUGGUGUAGAGGAAUAAUUCAACUUUGGAUAGCAGAAGGUUUUGUGAAUGCUAUUGAGGGAAAGACAAUAGAAGAAGUUGCAAAAGGCUACCUCGAUGAGCUAUUCAAUAGGAGCUUGAUUCAAGUGGCAGAGAGAUAUCCAGAUGAAAGACCUUCUCAUUUCUGCAUUCAUGACUUGAUGCAUGAAAUUAUUGUUUCAAAGGCGAGAGAGCAAAACAUUGUAACAACAAUUUGCAAACAGGGCUCAAGGAGGCCGGAGAAGGUCCGACGCCUUUUGAUCCGAAGCACCUCGGAUAAUGUGGAAUAUAGCAAGCGUUUUUCUCAACUUCGUUCUCUAUUUGUGUGGGGACCGAUGGAUUCAUUGCCUAUUGCAUCCUUGCAUGAGUUGUUUAGACGUGGUUCGAGGCUGCUAAAUGUGUUAGAUUUGGAAGGUAAUCCAUUAGAGACUGUACCAGAUGAAGAUUUUAAACUGAUCCAUCUCAGGUACCUUGGCUUGAGGAAUACAAAAGUGAAGAUGGUCCCAAAGUUGAUUGGGAAGCUUGAGAAGUUGGAGACCAUAGAUCUAGGAGGAACCUAUGUGACUGAGCUGCUUGAUGAAAUCCUACACCUUCAGAGAUUGCGCAAUCUCAAAUCAUAG